AAACACGGAAACGUAACACGGAACGCCAGUAGGAGCGGUGUAAUUUCAGUUCAGACUGUUCCUUCAUGACCAUGAUCACUCAGUCUUAACAAACUAUCAAGUCGCUUUGUGGUCGAUUGUGACGUUUCAGGUUAAAUUAUCUUGAUAUGGCAAUCGAGAUAUAGAGAAGUUGGAAAGAUAUCAAGAUGAAGCCUCGUUUUGACUGGCUUGCUUGCACAGUCAUCUUGUGUGUAGUGAGCGCACUGUUGUACUUCAACACUUCAGUAGUUCCUCAGAUACAGAUUGUGUUCCUUAAUUCACUGCAAAGUGAUCAGCAACAGAACAAAGGAAAUGCCUUCCAAGGUAAUAUUGAUAAAGCCAGUCCAGUUGUCAUCACCACUCAGCUGUUAAACAAAGGCAGUAAUGACCAUGUUCUGGAUACAAACUCUAAACAAAACCUCCCAUAUCAAAAUGCAAGUGGGAAACAUAAACAGCGAGUCGGUGAUAACUGUAGUAACUUUAAAGAUAGUGAGAAAUUUGACUGUGCCCCAGAAGGUUUGGUGACCGAGGCCAGGUGUCGGGCAAGGGGAUGUUGUUGGCAUCCGGUACUGAAUGCAUCUGUCCCUGUCAGAGGCCUUCCACUAGGCGUUCCUUGGUGUUUCUACCCAGAUGGCUACCCAGGCUAUAUUGUAGACAGCGUUAACUACCAUCCCACAGGAGUCAGAGUUCAGAUCUCCAGGAAAACAAAUUCCUACUACUCCAACGACAUCAAGACAGCAGUGGUGGACGUCACCUAUAGAACAGACUACACACUGAGGAUCAAGAUAUACGACCCAAAUAAUAAGAGGUAUGAAGUUCCGAUUUAUGGCUCCUCAUCAACUCAAACAACCAACAAUACUCAGUACAUUUUCUCAGUCAGCAAAGUGGGACAACCGUUCAACUUUCAGCUAAUCAGGAAAACCAUCACUGGACAAGUACCUGUCAUCAUAUUGAGAACCAAUCGUACAGCUCCAUUCAUGUUCACUGACCAGUACCUCCAACUGGCUUCUUUCUUACCUUCCUACUAUAUAUAUGGCCUGGGAGAACAUCGGGGGAGCUUCCUUCAUGAUGUCAAUUGGAAACAGUUCACUAUGUGGAACAGGGACAGACCUCCUAAAGAAAACAUCAACCUGUAUGGUUCCCAUCCUUUUUACCUUGUAAUGGAGGACAGAGAUGGGGGGAGUCACGGGGUGUUUUUAGCAAACAGUAAUGCUAUGGAUGUAAUUCUCCAGCCAGCACCAGCUAUAACUUGGCGUACCAUUGGAGGUAUCAUAGACAUGUACGUCUUCCUUGGCCCCUCUCCUUCCGCUGUCAUCCAGCAGUACACAGAGGUCAUAGGUCGAUCAUUCAUGCCGCCCUACUGGAGUCUGGGAUACCACCUGUGCAGGUGGGGCUACAUGACAGCUAAUGGUACACUUGCUAUCACAGACAGGGUGCGAGCAGCUGGCAUUCCCCAGGAUGUACAGUGGAAUGACAUCGACUAUAUGGACAAUCAGCUGGAUUUUACCACAGGACCAAAGUUUGGUGACCAGAGAGCUUUGGUAGAAAAUCUUCACAAGCGUGGGAUGCACUAUGUCAUGAUUACAGACCCAGGUAUCAGCAACACACAAAAGCCUGGCUCUUACACACCCUAUGACCUUGGAAUGAAAAUGGACAUCUUCAUCAAGGACAGCUCAGGAAAACCUCUGGUUGGCAAGGUGUGGCCAGGUUACACUCUAUUCCCAGACUUCACUCAUCCUUUGGCAUCACAGUACUGGACUUCGCUGGUCAAGGAAUUCCAUGACAAGGUUCCAUUUGAUGGCAUAUGGAUAGAUAUGAAUGAAGUAUCUAACUUUGUUGGUGGUUCAGUUUCUGGAUGUCCCUCCAAUGCUCUGGAGAACCCCCCUUAUGUGCCAGCUGUUGAAGGAGGUUCCUUGAAAUUCAGAACUUUGUGUGCAUCAGCAAGACAGAAUUUAUCAGUGUCAUACAACGCUCACAAUCUUUAUGGCCUCACAGAAACCAUAGCAACAUACAAAGCUCUACAAAAUGUGCGUGGAAAGAGACCUUUUAUCAUAUCUCGAUCAACUUUCCCUGGUCAAGGUCAGUUUGGAGGUCACUGGUCAGGAGACAAUGAAGCUACAUACAGUGACAUGUAUUUCUCUAUUCCAGAAAUACUGAAUUUCAACCUGUUUGGGAUUUCUAUGGUUGGAGCGGAUAUCUGUGGCUUUCGGUCAGAGACAAGUGAACAGUUGUGUGUCCGCUGGCAUCAGCUUGGAGCUUUCUAUCCAUUUUCUCGUAACCAUAACGAUCUUGCUAUGAAGGCCCAGGAUCCAGCUGCCUUCAGGCAUGAUGCCAUGACAGCUAUAAAGGCAGUAUACCUGGUGCGGUACUCAUUACUUCCAUAUCUUUACACUCUCUUCCACAAAAGUCACCAGCUAGGACACACCGUUGUCAGACCUCUGUUUUUUGAGUUUCCAGAGGACGAAAUAACCUAUAGCAUUGAUCGCCAGUUCUUGUGGGGUGAGGCACUCAUGAUUUCACCUGUCCUCAUAAAGGAUGCCACAACUGUUGAUGUAUAUUUCCCGAGGUGCCGAUGGUAUAAUUUCUACAAUGGCAGUCACAACUUUGUUAAGGGUGGUGUACAGACUUUGUCCGCUCCCAUCAACCAGAUCAACCUACAUCUACGAGAAGGCUACAUCCUUCCCAUGCAGGAACCUGCUUUAACUACAACAGACAGCCGGAAGAACCCCUUUAGUCUGCUGGUGGCUCUGAAUGAGACGGGAGAGGCCCAGGGAAGCUUGUUCUGGGACGAUGGAGACACAAUAGGGACGGAUACAUCUAACAAGUAUAUCUUCAUGGAGUUUCAAGCCUCAGGGCAAGUGUUACAGAGUAAAAUCUUAAAUAAUGGCUACUCAACCACUGUGACCUUGGGUAGCAUAACAGUUUACGGUGUGGCCCAGAGGCCAACAUCAGUCACAGUCAAUGGACAAGCAGCGAAAAACAUUUAUGAUGACAACUACAAGGUUCUGAAAGUCACAAACUUAACAUUGGAACUGGUACAUGUCUUUAAGAUGGUCUGGAAUUAAAGGACAAAUGUAGUUCUUUGCCUUAUACUUUGAAAAACAAUAAAUUACAACUUCAUAUGCUUCAUGCCAAACAAAUUUUCUGUAGAGAUUUUAUUUUUAUUUUUCCAUAUAUCUCUUUUAAAAAUCUUUUAUGAACCAUUGUUAAGUCCUGUGUUUACAUUUUACUGUGUAUGACCUCUCCUUUAAUAUAUUACCAACCAUCUGGUGAUUUGUAAUAUCCCACAGAUAUUAUCUACUUUUAUUGAGUAUAUGGUAAAUACCAAUAUGACUGAGUUCAUGUUUUUUUUUCAUUUUACACAAUAUUGAUUUUUAUGCCAGUAACAUUGCGGUAUAAGCCAAUGCUGAAUGUUUUAAAUGGACUUGUCUGAUUUUGAUAAAGUAGGCUUCCACUGGCAGGGAAGUAUGGCAGUAUUUUUAGAUUAAAUGUUAAGAUUACCACCAAAUUGUACAUUGUACCCAUGGUUACUGACACACACUGUUCAUUGUAACCAAUGGUACCACCACCACCACCACCACCACAUUGUACCUGUACACUGUAACCAGGACUACCACUUCACUGUACCUAUACUCAGUAACCAGGGUUACCACUUCACUGUACCUAUACUCAGUAACCAGGGUUACUACACUACACUGUAACAAAUAUUACCACCACCAUACUGUACCUGUACACAGUUACCAGGUCUACCAAAACACUGUACACUGCGACCAAGGGUACGCCACACAGUAACCAGGGUUACCGCCACCACACUGUACCUGUACACAGUAACCAGGGCUACCACUAAACUGUACACUGCUACCAAGGGUACGCCACACAGUAACCAGGGUUACCGCCACCACACUGUACCUGUACACAGUUACUACGUCUACCACUAAACUGUACACUGCGACCAAGGGUACACUUCACUGUAACCAGGGUUACCGCCACCACACUGUACCUGUACACAGUUACCAGGGUUACCACACUACACUAACCAAAUGCAAGGUUACCAUAAGACUGUACACUGUAAACAGAGUUUCCAUCACACUUACCCACUUUAAUCAAAGUAACUAUGUCCUUCCAGAUUGGAUUCAACACAAUAACAUUAUUAGGAUUGUUUUGUAUAUAGGUAUGAUAUAUGUGUUCACCAUUAUUCAUUCCGUAUUGAAAAUGUAUGUGGUAAUGUAAAGUAGCCUGAUCUAAUGAUGCUUUCUUGUUAUGUGAUAGGAGAUACAGGUAUUACCUAGGUAUCAGCAUUAUACAUGGUCUGUGGUAGGGGGUACAGGUAUAACCUAGGUAUAAACAUUAUACAUGGUCUGUGGUAGGGGGUACAGGUAUAACCUAGGUAUAAACAUUAUACAUGGUCUAUGGUAGGGGAUACAGGUAUUACCUAGGUAUAAACAUUAUACUUGGUCUAUGGUAGGGGGUACAGGUAUAACCUAGGUAUAAACAUUAUACAUGGUCUAUGGUAGGGGGUACAGGUAUAACCUAGGUAUAAACAUUAUACAUGGUCUAUGGUAGGGGGUACAGGUAUUACCUAGGUAUAAACAUUAUACAUGGUCUGUGGUAGGGGGUACAGGUAUAACCUAGGUAUAAACAUUAUACAUGGUCUAUGGUAGGGGUACAGGUAUAACCUAGGUAUAAACAUUAUACAUGGUCUAUGGUAGGGGGUACAGGUAUAACCUAGGUAUAAACAUUAUACAUGGUCUAUGGUAGGGGUACAGGUAUAACCUAGGUAUAAACAUUAUACAUGGUCUAUGGUAGGGGUACAGGUAUAACCUAGGUAUAAACAUUAUACUUGGUCUAUGGUAGGGGGUACAGGUAUAACCUAGGUAUAAACAUUAUACAUGGUCUAUGGUAGGGGGUACAGGUAUAACCUAGGUAUAAACAUUAUACUUUGUCUAUGGUAGGGGUACAGGUAUAACCUAGGUAUAAACAUUAUACUUGGUCUAUGGUAGGGGGUAUAAUAAUAGCUAGGUAUGAACAUUAUACAUGGUCUAUGGUAGGGGUACAGGUAUAACCUAGGUAUAAUCAUUAUACAUGGCUCUAUGGUAGGGGGUACAGGUAUUAUCUAUGUAUAAACAUUAUACUUGGUAUGUGGUAGGUAAUUUGUAUAAUGACCAGAUGUAGUUACCAGAACUGCUGUGUUUAUGUGAGAGUUUACGUUCAUUUUUAGCUCACCUUGCCCGAAGGGCUGGUGAACUUAUGCCAUGGUACAGCGUCCAUCGUCCUUCCAGCGUCCGUCAACAUUUCCUUUAUAUUCCUACUAGUCCUGAACGCUUGAAUGGAUUUUGAUGAAAUUUGGUCUGGAGAAUUUUUUGGCAAAGGAGAUCAAAUGCUGUAUAAACAGAGGAUGUGGCUCCCCUUGGGCCGGAGUAGUGGGGCCCAAUAGGGGAAAUUGAGGUAAGUCCUUUAAUCCCUACUGGUCCUGAACGCCUGAUUGGAUUUUGAUGAAAUCCUGUCUGGAGCAUUAUGGGCAAACAAGAUCAAUGUUGUAUAAACAGGAUGUGGCUCCUCUUGGGCCGGGGUAGCAGGGCUCAAUAGGGGAAAUUCAGGUAAAUCAUUAAAAUCACUACUAGUCCUGAACGCUUGAAUAGAUUUUCAUGAAUGAUCUGGAGCACCAUUGGGCAAAUGUGAUCUAACGUUGAGUAAACAGAAGGUGUGACUCCCUGGGGGCCUGAGGGGCAGGGCCCAAUAGCGGAUAUUGAGCUUAAUCCUUAAAAUUGCUACCAGUUUAAACCCUUGAGAUCCCCACUUCAUAACCAUAUAUAGCAUUGCUGGGACAUCAAGAGUUAAGCACAAUCCUGUUAUAGAUAUAGGUCCUGGGGUCUUUCCCAACCCCUAGGGACUUAGUUUCUUUGAUAUAUCUUUGAAAUCAUUGGGAUCCCCACUCUAUAACCAUAUUUAGCAAUGUUUGGCAUAAAGAGAUGAACACAAUUAUGUUGCAAAAAUAGGCCCAGGGGUCUUACUUUCUUUGUUAUAUUUUUGAAACCGUUGAGAUCCCAACCCCAUAACCAUAAAUAGCAUUGUUUGACAUAAACAAACAUAGAUAUCAACAAAUGAUCAUGAACAUUAUUUUGAUGAUUGGUCAAAUCCAACCAGGUGAGCGAUACAUGCCCUCUGGGCCUCUUGUUAUGUUAUCCCUUCAGAGUGAUAUAUGUUUGGAGAUCAAGUGAAUGUGAUAAAUAUGCAACACAAUGUGAUGUACAAGGUAUGUUAUGUAUUGAAUAUGUUAUGUACCCGGUAAGUUAUGUAUUGAAUAUAAAAUGUACAGGGUACGUUAUGUAUUAAACAUAAUCUGUACAGGGUACGUUAUGUAUUGAACAUAAUAUGUACUCGGUAUGAUAUGUUUUGAAUAUGCUAUGUACCAGGUAUGUUAUGUAUUGAAUAUGUUAUGUACCGGGUAAGUUAUGUAUUGAAUAUGUUAUGUACCGGGUAUGUUAUGUAUUGAAUAUGUUAUGUAUUGAAUAUGUUAUGUACCGGGUAUGUUAUGUAUUGAAUAUGUUAUGUAUUGAAUAUGCUAUGUACCAGGUAUGUUACGUAUUGAAUAUGUUAUGUACCGGGUAAGUUAUGUAUUGAAUAUGUUAUGUACCGGGUAUGUUAUGUAUUGAAUAUGUUAUGUACCGGGUAUGUUAUGUAUUGAAUAUGUUAUGUACCGGGUAAGUUAUGUAUUGAAUAUGUUAUGUACCGGGUAUGUUAUGUAUUGAAUAUGUUAUGUAUUGAAUAUGUUAUGUAUUGAAUAUGUUAUGUAUUGAAUAUGUUAUGUACCGGGUAUGUUAUGUAUUGAAUAUGUUAUGUAUUGAAUAUGUUAUGUACCAGGUAUGUUAUGUAUUGAAUAUGUUAUGUACCAAGUAUGUUAUGUAUUGAAUAUGUUAUGUACCGGGUAUGUUAUGUAUUGAAUAUGUUAUGUACCGGGUAAGUUAUGUAUUGAAUAUGUUAUGUACCGGGUAUGUUAUGUAUUGAAUAUGUUAUGUAUUGAAUAUGUUAUGUACCGGGUAUGUUAUGUAUUGAAUAUGUUAUGUACCGGGUAUGUUAUGUAUUGAAUAUGUUAUGUAUUGAAUAUGUUAUGUACCGGGUAUGUUAUGUAUUGAAUAUGUUAUGUACCGGGUAAGUUAUGUAUUGAAUAUGUUAUGUACCGGGUAUGUUAUGUAUUGAAUAUGUUAUGUACCGGGUAUGUUAUGUAUUGAAUAUGUUAUGUACCGGGUAAGUUAUGUAUUGAAUAUGUUAUGUACCGGGUAUGUUAUGUAUUGAAUAUGUUAUGUACCGGGUAUGUUAUGUAUUGAAUAUGUUAUGUAUUGAAUAUGUUAUGUACCGGGUAUGUUAUGUAUUGAAUAUGUUAUGUACCGGGUAAGUUAUGUAUUGAAUAUGUUAUGUACCGGGUAUGUUAUGUAUUGAAUAUGUUAUGUACCGGGUAUGUUAUGUAUUGAAUAUGUUAUGUAUUGAAUAUGUUAUGUACAGGGUAUGUUAUGUAUUGAAUAUGUUAUGUACCAAGUAUGUUAUGUAUUGAAUAUUUUAGGUACUGGUUAUGUUAUGUAUUGAAUAUGUUAAGCACCAGGUAUUUCAUGUAUUUAGAAUGUUAUGUGUGUAAGUGAAUCAGAGCAGAAAGGUGUGUGAUGAUGAUAUGGUGCCGUCUGUUGGAAGGCAAACCUAUUGUUAAUGCUAUUGAUAAUAAAAUAUUUUCAAAUA